GAGAUCGAAAGAGUGAGUGAUAGGAAGAGACAGAAGCAGCACCAAGAUGAAUUUAACCAGAAAGCCAACUUAAAUUUCCACUGACGAGUUUCUGUGUAUUUUGAAAUCAAAUUAAAAAAACGAACAGAGUUUGAAAAUAGAAACAUAGUCAGUAGCCAGAAUGGCAAAGCCUUGGUACCAUGGGAAUAUUACACGUUCCAAAGCUGAGGACCUGCUUUCAAAGGCUGCAAAGGAUGGAAGUUUCCUUAUCCGUGACAGCGAGUCAAUUCAAGGAGCCUUUGCCCUCUGCGUGCUGUACCAGAACUGUGUGUACACUUACCGGAUUUUGCCAAAUGAAGAGAGAAAACUUUCUGUUCAGGCCUCCGCGGGUGUCCCAAUCCGCUUUUUCUCUGUGCUGAAUGACUUGGUGGAGGAGUACUACAAGGAGAACAUGGGGCUGGUGACACACCUGCAGUUCCCAGUUCAGAAGGAAGAGGAACCAGAAGAGGAGUCAGGUACUGAACUCUAUGUGUAUCCAUGUUUGCCUGCAAUAACAAUCAUUUGUCAAAGAGUCUUAAACUAUUAUUUCAUUUUGUCUUGUGCCCUGCUGAAUGUAAUCAGUGUUCCUGAAGAUCACUUAAAGUCCAUUCAAGAAUACUUCCGCAAUUCAGUAUGUCUGGAUGCAGAGCAGUUUCAGAGUGGUAACAUUGGCCUCCCAUACCUGAAACAGCUGACACUUGUGAUAUGCAAAAAUUUAACCAAUGAAAUCUCCCGCACAUUACCUGCCUUGGAGGCAUUUCAGAAAGUGGUGGAUCAGCAGAUGUCACCUGGGGUUGGGCGUCUGAAGAAUCCGGUUCCUCCUGAUCAAUCUGUAUCCCUCAGACUUGAACAAAUGACCAAGCUAUUGUACUCUAUAGAAGAGAAGACAAAAAAUGCAGUUUUAGAUAGUGUUAUGGGAUAUGAUGGAGGUCAUAGAAAAUCUUUGAUACCACCUGUAACCUUUGAGGUGAAAUCUGAUGUAUUAGGGAUACCUACCAAAAUGUAUUUCAAAGUGGAUGUUGAUGGUGGAAAACUCUAUUUCAAGAAAGCCAAAGAUGGGUCUGAAGAUAAGUACUAUGUGCACAACAAAAUCUUGCAGCUGGUGAAAUCACAAAAGGUGCACAACAAACUGGUGAUUGUUGUGGAGACAGAGAAAGAGAAGACAAUGAGGAAGGAGUUUGCUUUUGAAGACUCUAAGAAGAGAGAAGGUUUCUGCCAGCUCUUGCAGCAGAUGAAGAAUAAACACUCAGACAAACUGGAGCCUGAUAUGAUUACCAUCUUCAUAGGCACCUGGAAUAUGGGAAAUGCUAGUCCUCCACCAAAAUUAAAUUCCUGGUUCCAGUCGAAGGGCCAGGGAAAAACUCAGGAUGACACAGCAUGUCACAUUCCCCAUGAUAUUUAUGUUAUUGGGAGUCAGGAGGACCCUCUGGGUGAGAAGGAGUGGGUUGAUACUCUGAAAAGCACUCUGAGGGACAUCACCAAUAUUUCCUUCAAACAAAUAUCCAUUCAUACACUAUGGAACAUCCGAAUUGUUGUGCUUGCAAAGCCUGAGCAUGAAAAUCGCAUCUCGCAUGUUUUCUCAGACAGUGUCAAGACAGGGAUUGCCAAUGCCCUUGGUAAUAAAGGAGCUGUUGGUGUGUCCUUUAUGUUCAAUGACACUUCCUUUGGAUUUGUCAAUAGUCACCUGACUUCUGGCAGCGAAAAGAAGCUACGACGAAACCAGAAUUAUAUCAACAUUCUACGCUUCCUGAACCUUGGUGAUAAGAAACUAAAUCCAUUCGAUAUUACACAUCGAUUCACUCACCUCUUUUGGCUGGGUGAUCUCAAUUAUCGAAUUGAAUUGCCAUCAAGCGAUGCAGAAAAUAUUGUGAGUAAGAUCAAGCAGCAGCAAUACCAGGAUCUCCUUAUGUAUGAUCAGCUCACCCAGGAAAGACAAGAGGAGAAGGUCUUCAUAGACUAUGAGGAAGAGGAGAUUACAUUCGCACCCACAUAUCGUUUUGAGAGGGACACACGUGAAAAAUACGCCUAUACAAAGGCCAAAGCCACAGGGACUAAAUAUAACUUACCCUCAUGGUGUGACCGGGUGCUGCGCAAGUCCUACCCCCUUGUUCAUGUGGUGUGCCAGUCUUAUGGGUGCACCAAUGACAUCAUGACAAGCGACCAUUCUCCUGUGUUUGCAACAUUUCAAGUGGGAGUGACAUCACAGUUUGUCUCAAAAAAUGAUCCCAGCAGUGCUUCUGAGGGGGGAAUUAAAUUCAUGAACUGCAUCGCCAUCCUGAGGACCAAAUCUAACACCAAGUUCUUUAUUGAGUACCACUCCAGCUGUCUAGAGAAUUUUGUAAAAAGUCCUGAGGGAGAAAAUCUUGAGCAUAGUGAGGGAUCAUUAAAGGUUCGGUUUGGAUCACAUAUUGAGCUUAAACCAAUCAUUUCGGACCCAGAGUAUCUCCUCGAUCAGCACAUCCUGAUCAGCAUUAAAUCAACUGACUGUGAAGAAUCCUAUGGGGAAGGCUGUGUGGCCUUGCGUGAAGCACAGACAUCUAAUGUAGAGUUUAGCAUUGCCUUAAAACACCAUGGAGAGAAGACUGGAGAACUAACUGGAGUUAUCCAGCUGCGGACCUCCGGUGGCAAGCAGACUGAAAAACUGUAUGAUUUUGUCAAGGUUGAGAGAGAUGACUCUGGAGUUCCAAAGAACAGAGGAAAUGACCACACUAACAAGCCUCCUAUACCCAUCAACAUAAGUAAUCCCAGUUACAUGGGAGUGGGCUAUAAAUCCGGAGGUGUGUCAGAUAUGGGCUGGAGCUACAACAUGCCCCCAAGAGCGAGCCCCCCUGGAUGUCACAUAAGUAAAGAUACAACCCAGGGUAACAUUUCGCCAAAGAAAACUGCACAAGAUAUGGGUGUUCAUUGUCCUCAAGGAAAAGGGUCAGAUCAUGUGGGUGAAGAUGGAAAGCCUCCUGAGAUGUUUGACAAUCCUCUUUAUGGCUCCAUGGUGGUGACAAAGCAGACAUCACGCUCAAAAGAACACGAUUUCCCCCGCAAGGACCACCUCAAUCUACCAGAAGGUUUCGCUGGCACCUCCAAGUCCCCUGAACCUGAAGCUGAGCGUCCUCCUCCUGUACCCACUCCCCGAAAUCGCUCCUUCACAUGCUCCACUGAGUGCAAAAACCCAGGUCCUACAACUCUGCAGCCUCCUGGCUUUAAUAAGAAACCUGUGGUGCCAUCUCGGUCAGAGGGGGGGUUAUUGCCAGGUAACAGGCCCCCACUGCCUCUGAAAUCCCGUGGGGGCCUACCAGACCCUCAGCCGAUCAAACCUAGGGACUACAGAGAGACCGCCGAGCUUCCCAGCAAAGGCCGACCACCGGCAAGACCCACCCAGCCCCCCCCAAAGGAAGGGCAUCAUGAAGGAGUUCAGGCUUCAAAAGCUGGACGCUCAGUGAAAUGAGUUUCAGCAUCAACAGCUUCAUGUAUAUAAGAAAUCCUCAGGAAACAGGAACUACAGCGAUUAACCAGUACAUAACAUUCAGACUGUAAAGAAUGUCAGCUGAAAUAUCAAUUUGGAAAAUAAUAAAUAAUGCAAUGUGCCAGCCUAAAAAGUCAUAAUUCAGGGAUUAAAUUAAUUACAUUCCUUAUAUAUUGUAAAUACUCGUUAUUAUAAAAAUGUUUUUGGGGUUGUUGGGUUGUUUUUUUCAAAUUUUAACCUAAAAUGUGAAUGUCAAUGGCAUUGAUUUGUGCUUUUAAAGGCAAUGAGUCAUUUUAUUGCUUUUUUCAGGGUGUCGUGUAUGAAGUGAAAAUAAAAUAAAAAUUGAGUUGCUGUUCACUCCCAA